AAUUAUGUCGUUUAAGGUUUAUUGACGAAUGGAUUAAUUUACUCAGUUAUUAUCAUAUUAUACCACAGAUUUUAUUAUACAACAUUUUCAUUUAUUCUGUGAUUAUACUUUGGUUUAUGACUAGGAAUGAUAAUAAUUAUCUUCUUGGGUUUAUGAUACUAUUGAAUAUUGAUACUUGUUAGUUAAUAUAAGCACUAUAUAAUAUUAUGAGUUAUACUUUUUAGGUAUGACAAAGGUAUUUUAGGUACCUAACUACCUUCAACUGUCUAGUGUCUACCGUAUUUAGUUUAAAAAUUCAUAAAAACUUUAAAACUGUUUUGAAUCCACUUGACGUUGUACCAUAAUCGAAAUCGGAUAAUAAACUACAAUGAACUCACUAGUAGCAGAUUAUGGAGACGAAACCGACACUGAUUCAUUGGAAAGUGAUCAAAAUCUAGAAGAAAACCAUAAGGAUAUAAAGUCAGUUGAGUUUAAAACUGAGAAUAAGCUUCCUGCACCAAAAUUUAAAGAUACUGGUAUUAUCAAUGAAUCUGUCUUCAGAAAUCCUUACUUGGAAGCUGAACGAGCUAAAUGUGCUGUAUUAGAAAAACAUGUUAAAAUGGUUCCUGCUAAGGACCACCUCACAAAAGUUAAUGGAAAAAAUAUAUGUUGGAUGAACAAAAAAGGUCGUUGUCGUUUUGGAAAUAAAUGUAAAUUUGCUCACGAUUCAGAAUUAUUUAAUGGUCCAAAUAUAAUAGAUGAAGACAAAUCAAAUAAGGAAAGUUCAAAAUUAAAUAAAAAAAAGAAAAGACCUGGACUAUCACAAACUUUAAUACCAGGAAAAAAAAUACUUAAAAUAUUUAAAAAAACAGAAAUGUCCAAUGUGCAUUCAUAAAAUAUUAACUACAUAUUUUAUACUGUUUUCUUAAUCCUAAUGUAUAUAAUGUAACUAUAAAAGUACAUAACAAGUAUAAUAAAUGUUAUCAACUUUUGUUAACAUUUGUAAUUAUAAUAUUUUGAAUGUAUGGACUUUGUUUAGUCAUUGUUUCCAUAUUUUUUCACAUUACAUAUUUGAUUCAUUAAAUCACUUUUUACCAACAUACAA